AUGCCCAUUGUGUUCACCGUCGACAAUUUGCUGGACAACAUCGCCACAGCAGAUCCGGCGGAACUGGAGCGGGCCUACAACACCGGACGUGUCUCUCUGGAGGAUGUUGUAGAAGCACCCCAUCUGUCGUCCGAUUCCCCCCUUUUCGUUCCUCCUUUCUCGCUCCCGCCGGAAGACAAAUUAAUCCUCUUGCCCCACGACGAGUUUAUGGCGUACCAAAGGUUGGACGAGAUGUGGUGCGACGGUCUUGCCGGGAAGAUAGCAGAGGCGGAGGCGCGAAAGCAGGAGGAGCGCGAGGACGCGGAGCGCCUGGCAGAACGUGAGGCUGCUCUGGCUGCUGCGGCGAGGAAGCAGGAGGAGGAGCGUGAGGCUGUUGAGGCUGCUGCGGCGAGGAAGCAGAAGGAGGAACGUGAGGCUGCUCUGGCUGCUUCGCCGAGGAAGCAGGAGGAGAAGAGUGAAGCUGUUCUGGCGGAGCGUGGGGCGUAUCUCCAAGCGACUAGGGCGAAGCAGGGGCGCUCCGAUCGCGGCUGUGGGACCUGGAGCCCCGCCACCAGGACCCGCGAGCAGCCCCCCACCCCCGUCGCCGUGUCAUCGUCCCCCCCCCACGCCCUUCCAGGUGCCCCUUGGUUCCCAUCGUACCGCCUCGCCGCACGAGGAGCGGGAGGUGGCGGCUUCUCCGACGAACGAGAAGGAGCGGGAGAGGACAGCGACUCCGCAGUUUUCGGUGACGUUGGGUCUUCCGGCCGGUGCUGAAGACGGAGCAUCGUUUGAGGCGGCAACCACGGUGUACGAGUUCCACGUUGGAGAUACAUCGUUCCUGUCCCGCCCGCUGGAGAUGCCUGCAGAAGAUGCAGCGUUCCACGAUGAGAACAAAUUGGCAGCUCUUUUUGCAUGGGCUGGCAUCAAACAACUUGUCCGUGCACAAUUCCCCCCGCCGCACACCGUUGCUUUCGGGCACAACUAUCACAUUCUAUAAAUCGCGGAACUUCCGCCUACUUCGCGGCAGUCCGUGUUCCAGCUUUUGUUCGCUCUCCGUCGUGCCACCUUUCAUUAAGGUCCUCA